GGGGGUUGGAAUGAGGUUUAGCACGAUUGGAGAUGGAGACUAUGAAUACGGAUAGGAGAAGUUUGAAAGAAAAAGUUCAUGAGACAGCAAGGAAGGCAAACGGCAGCUUGAACACUCUACGUACAAAGAAGAAGGUGGGGUUUGCUCCACAGGGGUUCAACAAUUAUUCUUCAACCAGAAAAACUCAGAGAAAGAACGGCCUCCCAAAGCUAAAAUAACUUCAUCGGAAACUAUUUUGUAGACGAAGAAGAGAAAGUGCCAGGUAGGAACAGCAUUGAUCGGAAGAAGGACAAAGACCAUACCUCCAUUAGAUCUAGCCGCAAGGAUGUCUCUCUUAAACUCCCAGAACUCAAGAACAAUGGAAUCUUCACAUCUUUUAACGAAGGUGUUACUAGUUUUAAAGCAACUCUGGAGAAAUAGCUCCAAGAAAUCAAGCAAAGGCAGUUUUUCAAAACGCAAGAUUAAUAAUUCAAAAAAGAGAAUUUUGGUAAAGGUUCAAAAGGGGCUAAAAGACUGUUCUCCACGAAGUAAGGGAAAGAAAUCUGUAAUGAAAUCUCCAUUAGUUCCAAUUGUUUAUAAACCAAUGGAUAACAUUAAGACUCCUGGGCAUAUGAACUCUCCUAAGAGAGGGUUGAAUCUUUUCAAAGGUAUUGCGCCGUCUGAGAGUUCAUUUAAAGAUAAUCUAAGCUUUAAUAAAAAUCAUAAACUGGUGAGGAAAAUUAAGAAGAACUUACUAAACACAAGAAGAAUUACUCAACAAAUUACUGACUCAAUCAGGGUGACUAAUGAUGAAUCUGACUCUGAGUAUUACAAGAAGAUCCAGGAUGGAGUUGAGAUUCAAUCCAUGACAAGUCUCUAUGCAUCUACUCCAGAUAAUAAGAAUGAGCUCAAGCCUGAUGACCUUAUAGCAGGCGAGGAAGCUAUUCAUAACAUGCAUUCUAAAUUUAAGAAGUAUAGAAGGAUCAAGGAGAAGGAAGAGUUUGAAGGAAAAGAACCUAAAUAUCCUCUUGUACAGUUCAUAGAUGCAGCUGAUCGGCGAAACAUUUUACCAAAGCCAAUAGGACUAAUUAAUAAAAGUCCUCAGAUGAAGAAAUAUCCUCUUGAGAGUGUCAAGAGUAUCUUCGUAGGAAAAGAUUAUGCCUUUCCAUUCUCUGAAGGCAUACAGAUCAUUAACAAACUAAAAGACCUUGACCUUAGCUGUAGCGAUUUGGGUAAUGGAAUGCUAAUUCCUAUCCUAAAGAAGCUACCUACUUCUCUUGAAAAACUAGAUGUUAGUAGCAAUAGGAACUUUUCUGACAAGGUUUACCACAUUAUUGCUUCCUUACUUGAGGAUAAAGAUAGAAGUAUAAAAUCACUAAGUUUGGACAACACAAACUUAAACGACAAGAAUCUUGAGAUUAUUCACUAUUCACUAAUUUAUGCAUCUAGUUUGGAAAGCCUCGAUCUUAGUAGAAACAAGCUGAGUGAUGAAGGAGCUAUUAUUCUGAGCGAUAUCAUUAGCUCUAAUACUACUUUAAAAACACUAUUGAUCCAUUGGAACAAAAUCAUGGCAAAAGGAGGAAUCGCUAUAGCUCAUGCCUUAAAAGGAAACUCCGGGAUAGAAACUUUUGAUGUUUCUUUCAAUAAUUUUGGAGGAGGAUUUGAUGACAAUAAAUGCUCACAAGCAUUCAAGAGUUGUUUUAAAGAAAACAAAACUUUAGCUCAUAUUGAUAUUUCCUUCUGUGGACUUAACCAAGAAGAGAUCAUCAUAAUUAAUGAAGGAUUAUCAGAGAACCAUACAAUUUGGGGCAUCCAUUGCCUUGGGAAUGCAGGGAAAGUUGACCAAAUGGGAUACCUGGUCCCUUUUACUUUGCGAGAUGACCCAAUCACUUAUACCUUCUCAAGAAUAAAGGGAGAACUCCAGGCUGGCCUAGUUCCAAAAGAGCAAGUUGGAGACAUUAACAAAACUAAUUGAUGGAUUUGAGAGGGCUGGGUUGCACACAAAUUUGAAUUCACUCCAGGCAUUUCUACCGAAGAGCCAAUAAAUAAUGAGAAAGAGCUAACAUUGCAUGCAGAGUUUGAUAAUUAUCAUCCUGAUCUCUUAUUAGCAGAUGAGGCUAAGAGUGGCACUUUUUCAUCUUACAGGAUGAUUCCUCCUCUAGAAUGAAAAUAUUACUUUAUGAAUGAAGAUGAAGCAGCCAUUUUAGCAGCAGAUCUUCCUCAACAAGAGUGAAUGCUAAUUGAUGAGGAUAGAAAACUGGAUAAAGUUAAUGUAUUAGCAAAUCUUGAGCAAAACAAGUGUGUUUAUGAUCAAGAAUACAGGUCUAAGCAACCUUGUAUUCCAAGACCUCCACCAAAGUUCAUGGUUAAAUAAGGAGAGGAUCAAAACUCCUUGGGACUUCUUUAAGUCUGUGUUCAAAGAUUACAAGCCUGAUACACCAACCCUUCUAGAGGGCUGUUUCGAAUAUGACUGGAAAUGCAGCAAGAUCACUAAAUUAGUGAAGAAUGAGGAAGAUCAAGCUGAAGUGAAGAAGAUACUUAAAUCUCAUUACAAAGAAUUCCGAGAGGUGUAUAAAUUCCAAGGAGCGCUGAACCCAGCAGGGCUAUAUCCCAGUAUUGGUUCUAAUGUGAUCAGUGAGAUUGUAGCAAGUUGUAAACACUUGGUUGACAAUUCCACCCUGAAUCUUUCUGAUAUCGACCUGGAAUUUGUUGCUACAAAUGCUGGGAACAAGAAUAAUCCUAGAAACCCUGAAAGACAGCUGGUGAGAUACCAGCUGAUGGAAUAUUUUGUAAGAAUAGCAAAAUCAAAAUUUAUCAGGAACAAAAUCUGCGACACCUUUGGUGAAGCAGUUAAGAAAAUAUAUGAUGAGCAUCUAAAGGAAUUCUUUGAAAAAUAUGACUGCCACAAGUGGAGGACUACAUACUUGUGGAAUGAGCAUUGAGAUUAUGUGUUUAAAAGAUACAUGCCAGCAAUCAAAAAGGUCUAUGAAAAAUUCUCAGGCAGGUUUGCUCUCCCUGGUGCAACUAAGUAUAUGUCAUCGGAAGAAUUCUUUGACCUUAUUGAUAUAAUAGGAGUUGUAAGCGAUGAUUUUGGGCAAAGAGAAAUCUCCCCUAUUUUCAAUUGUUCAAUGAUGACUCAGAAAGAUGAACUAGAAAGUGAUAGACAUAUUAAUAUGACUCUCAUUGAAUUUAUUGAAGCAAUUGGAAGACUAGCUUAUAAAAUUAAGCUACCAAUACCAUUCGAGUAUCUGAAUCUGAUAUUCGAUGAAAUGGUUAAUGAGAACACAAGCAUGGAAAAUCAACCAUUAUUCAUCUCUAUUGAGACACUGAUAGUCCAGAUGAUAAAAUGCUGACUCAAGAAGGACUUUGCAGAAACAUUCUUAGAAAAUAUGGAGAAGUAUUAUAAAGAUCAAUACAAUGCUCCAAAGAGAACAAGAUAUGCACAUAUAGGUGGCCCAUACUAAUUCAACUCAUAUUUCUAAAGUA